CACCUGCACGAUAUUCGGCACAACAUUUUGUUCAGUGUGGAUAAUGACAGUUAAGAACUGUCACUUGUUUGUUUCCUUCGUUUACAAACUGUCACCGCUCCAAUAUUUUUCGAGCAUGAGGUAUUUUUUUUCAUUUGCGGAACCGAUCCUCGCAACAACCUUCCCCGCAAUCCUCCAGUAAUCUGUGCAUGAAGCCCAGUGCGGAUCUGCGCUCCGACCCAGAAAUUGUUGACAAGACCAUCGACUGCCUCGGACUUGGGAUUUCACCGGAAGUCGAUCCGAAGGUGCGGAUUUGCGCCGGCUGUGCCGAACGCGUCGACGCGCAGCACGCCUUCCGGACGCGAGACCUGCACUGCAACAGUUACGUCGAGAACGGGCUGGAGGACAAUGAAGACGAGGAAAUGUGCCGGUUCUGCUUGAAGGCGGAUGGCGGGGCGGCGUUGGUCGAGAUGAUUCCGGGCGGCGGCGGGAGCGUGGCGGAUGAGCUGCAAACGGUGCGGGAUUGUUUAGGGGUUGAGAUCAACAGCUGGGACACGGUGACGAAGAUUUGCAGGGAUUGUGUGGGCGGUGUUGGCUGGAUUACGGGAGGAAUUUUCGCCGACGGCCGUGCCGGUGAAGCUGGAGGAUUUGACGGAUUCGUACAGCAUUGGCAGCGAGAAUGGGGAAGGGGGUGAAGGUUUUGAGUCGGACAGUUCGACGGCGGAUAACGGGGAGAAGCGUGGGAAAAGCGGAAGGUCGCGGCACGGUCGCUACCGUGGAUUGGAAGUGACCACGAGGAUCGUAACUUUGACGUGCUGGAUGAAACGGACGAGGCGGUUGAGGUGGUUUUUGAGGAAUAUCCGUUCGAUCUUCGGUUGGUCUUGUCGGACGGGAGUUCGCUGUGGCUGUGUUCAGUGCAAGCUGCGAGAUUGUCGCGUGAAGCUGAAGAUUGAUGCGAAGGGAAUGUUGGCCACCUUCGGGGGAUCAAUCGACAAGCACAACCACAUGAACGAGCUGGACAAGCUGAUGGAGUGUCCGGAGGGGAAAGGGGUGGUUCAGUUUGACGGUAAGAAAUUGACCACGCGUUGAGGCUACUCGGCAUUCGGGAUGGUUCGCUGGGGCAAUUCGUACGAAUCAGCGGACGACGUCGCGAGUUGCGAUUGAAAAGAGGGCCGAUCAAGAAGGUUACGUGAGUAACGGGACUCAAACGUCCAAGUCUAAAUGUUAGGACGGAGCGGAGGAUGGAGUUUAAGCGAAGGUGAGGGCCAAUAAUGUGGAUAUUUACAAAAUCCUCCAGCAGAAGGAUCCCGCGCGCAUCUUUAAGGUGCUUCGGCACAUGGUCAGACAAAUGACAAAUUCGGCAAAUAAAAACCGUAUGCAACGCAACGCGUUGUCUCAUAAUUAUUGUUUUUUUUAUCAUAUUUAGCAAUACAAAAAAAAUAAAGCUGAAACCACAAAUAAAAAGAAAAUCCAAGAAACUUCAAUGUUCGUCUCUCAUUGAACUCCAGGUGACCAAAUUAGGCCAAACAUGCAUAUGCAACAGCUUGAUGCGUCUGCAGCGUAGACGCGUGCAGGAAGUAAUCGCCGGCGACUUUUCCAUGGCUUGUGCAAACGCGUCCCGGACGAGCUUGGCAAUGUAUCCGAUGAACAUCUGCACCAGUUGUUCAGGAUCUUGGAUAUGUCCUUGUGCGUCAUCGGCAGCACAACGGCCUCAAUUAGUUUCUGGAUUUGCUUGUCCAACCCGCCAAAGUCCGAGUAGUGCUCGGUGGGCCGUUCGUCCACCUCCAUCGCCUUGACGCGCGCGUCGUACUCGGCCGAAAGUGUUUCCAGGAUGAGGUACGACGUACGAGUCCUUGUUCACUCUCAUCGUCCGGCUUGAGCUUCUCCGGAACAACCAGGCAACGAGCAAAAAGUACGUCUGUCGUGUCGUCCGUCGUGUCGUAGUCUUGAUCACGGGGCGCUUGCCCUUCCGUUGGUAGUCCAACACCACCACCGCACGGUCGUCUUCCGUCUCCUGCGGGUCCACGUUCAGCGGCUCGAUCGGUUUCUACUGAUCUUGGUAUCCCGUCCCGAUAACUCCUCGGGCGUGCCUUGCAAUCCAAAAAAUGUGGCCGGAGAACAGCAAAAUCAAGGGAUUUUUUUUUUGUUUGUAUACAAUCAGCAGUGCGUGCGUUUGCGAUGACAGCUGUAAAAACACUGAAAUAAAAUUCAUAGAGGAAUCGUGUAUACACGUGAAUAUGGAUGCACAUACGGAUCAACUUAUGAAAUAUAUGCAAUAUAUUUGGAGUGACCACCUCGUGCAAAUUGUACAAAGAAAAGAUUUAUUUUCGAUCGUAUUGGGGUUUCCAGAUUGGAUUUUGGAGUAAUUUCAAUGAAUGCUAGAAAUCUGUUAAAUUUGGUUCGAUUUUUUUUGUGGAGGUCAAAUAUGGGUAAAAUAUGAUUAGUUAGAGUCCCCAAAGCAUAUUCAUAAGAAGUUUGAGUGAUAUCAACAUGAAUGCACAGAAUUUCUGUGACUUUAUUGAACAAAUACCCCAUAAAAUUGAAAAAUAAUCUUCAAAAAAAAAGUUGCUCUAGACCCCCCGACGAAAUAUUUCGGUAUACCUACCCCGCAAAAUGUCGAGAAAGACCCCUUCUUUCACGGUGCCAAAUAUCAGACAUACCGAAUUUUAUAUCAUUAGUUUGUUCUUUAAAACACUCCGUGUUUAUCACCCUCAUCAAGCACGAUAGUGAAAAAAAGUUUA